AUGAACAGCUCAGUCAGGGGCAGGGGAGUAGUUACUCGGGGAGUUAUGUUGACUUGGGGGGCGAGUUUUUGGGCGCGCAGGUCGGGGAUGGGUUGGGACAAAUGGGGGGGAUGGGGACGGUGGGGAAUAUGGGAGGGGGUUUUAUGUUUGAUACAGGUGAGUAACGCUGAUGGGAUGAGAUGGGAGAGGAGGGAUGUUGAUGUGAUGGCAGAUUUUGGGUUGUAUAACAGCGCCUUUUCGGGAGUUAUUCCUGGGUUGGAGCAGAUGCCGCAGCAACCGCAGCAGCAGCAACACCAACACCAACAACAGAGCUUUCUUGGGAUGGAAGGGCUGGGAGAGAUCAACUUUGACACCUCGGCACAGUCGGGACCUUGGGAGCCGUUUAACUUGAGAGCCGGACAUACUACGCAGACGGUGAUAACGACAACACCAGAGUUGAUCAACAGGCCGACGAUUACUACCGGGCCACCUAACAACAACAACAACCUGGUCACCAGCGCAAACUCCAGCCCAGGGAUUUUCGUGAUUGAAGAUCCGAGUUUUGACUUUGAGACGGUUUCACCUAGCCCGCCGAGUUAUAUCGAGUAUACGCCUAGUUUGAGCCCGCCGGCGAGCACACCGCCGAAGAGCCCCGGGAUGGUGAUCCGGUGGGAGCAGGGGGUUGUGGUGCCAGAGCAGCAGCAGCCAAAGACGGCGCCGAUACCAGUGAGGAAGAGUAACAAAGGGCCAUCGGGGAGUGCAGGGAAUAGUUAUCGAGUAACGAAGCGGAAGGCCAGCCCGACGGAUUCGAUGAGUUCCUCGACGUUGAGUGCGCGGCUGGCUGCUUCUCAGGGGCAGCUGCAGACUGCAAAGGGGAAGAGUAAAUCACCAAGCCCGACGCCUUCGAGUUCGGGGAGCACUUCAGGACAGGCGAAGUUUUUGAUUGUGACGCCGUCGACAAUUAAUGCGCAUGCUCAAAGUCAGUCGACAAAUCCAAACCAGCAGAGCAAUCCCUUCGAGUGUUUCGAGGCGUUGAGACCUUCACAGCGUGGGAGGAAGGGACCGUUGGCGACGGACACCAAACAAUCUGCCCUUCAAGUCCGACGAAAGGGCGCUUGUUUCUGUUGUCAUGCCCGAAAGGUCAAAUGCGAUAUGGAACGACCAUGCCGCAACUGCGUCAAGCUCACCCAUCAGGUCCCCCAAGCUGUCUGCUGGCAGUUCCCCGACUUCAUGCCUGUUCUGUUUCCAGAUUUCAUCCGCCGCCACUUCCGCAAAGAAGAAAUUACCCAAUUCAUCGAAACAAACGUCUCCUCCUUCACCCUCGACGGCGUCGAACGCCCCUGCACAGUCGAGCUCUUCUCCGGUCUCGGCCUCUCCGCCCGCCUCCAGAUCAAAGCCAAGUUUUUUACUCCGCGAUCUCUAUCAGCGGACGUCCUCCGGCACUACCACCUCCAAACAGGCCACAACACCGUCGACCUCCAAGCCCGCGGCUCGGCCCCCAUCGGCCUCGACAUCAAAGCCACCACCGGCGCCCAGAGAGAAGAACUCAAACGCAAGAUCAAAGAGUACAUCGCCUCCAUCGUCUCCGAGCCAGAAUACGCCUCCCUGGUCACCUCCAACCUUCGACACACCGACAUACCCCGGAAAAUCCUCUCCAUCAUCCACACCUACGCCCACAAAACCGACUCCGCCAUCGUCAAGCGAGCGCUGGCGAUCUACGCCAUGCAUUUUGUCCUGACCCGGCACCUCUGCCUCACACCCAACUCCAUCACUUCUUUAUCCCCCCUCCUUCCCCCCCUCGACCCGUCCAAUCCGUGGGUCACACCCCGGUUGCUGAACCGCCAGCUCAAAGCCCUCAUCGAUGAUAUCCUGACCAGAGAAAUGCAGCUCCUGUUCGAAUCAUUCUCCAAAUCCCUCAAGCCUAAACUCCGCAAGGAAUGGGCCCCUUGCCUAGCCGCCUUCUUAGUCCUCUGCCUCUUCAUGGAAAGUGUCGAGACGGCAGCAGAUAAUUUUGUCAUUUCUGACAAUGAGAUCUCUCUACGAAACGGGGAGAGGCCAACGCUGAAGAGGGGUUUCGCACUGGGGGUGAACAGGGAGAUUGAGCAGUUACCUUUCAGGCAGUUUGGCAUCAUGUUUCACAUGGUGUAUCAGACUUACUCGAGGGAGGUCAGCCAGAGGAGCUUUAACCCGCUCGAGGAGGGGUGGGUGGACGAGGCGAACAAGGUGGAGGAUAAAUUGCUGGGGAGGGAGGAGGAGGAGAUGGUGAGGGGGUUGAGGAGGUUGAUGAGCUUGGAGGAUUAUGAUGCUUGGAGCGAACUUGACUUUUUGACGGCUGAUCCGAUCCUGCCAAACGUGGAGGAACACCCCUAUCCAAGGGACGUCGGGUUCAACUACACGGGGAGGCUGGUGGCCAAGUUCUUGUUGAGCUUCCAGCAGGAAAAGUAUAUCAUCGGGGAGAGCCCGUGA